AUGACACAACAAACAAUUUCCAAUGGAAGUGCUUUCUCUGAAAUGGCAAAAACGGUAGCAAACUGUGACGAGAGUUUGAAGAAACUAAUUGAACAAAUGAAAUUGCACCGAAACAAAUUAAAUGAAUUACACAAAGCUUCACAGGAUUCCAAGAGCGUACUGGUCGACCCCCCACAAAAAAACUCCCAAGGGAUCAACGGGAAAGAUGAUACUAUUGAAAGCAGCUUGAAUAAGAAAUUAGAGUUACUUGAGGAUGCGGCGGUUGAAAAGGAUACUGUAAUCAUACCAGGAGUAGUCCCUAGAAGUUGCGACCCAGAUCUUCCAACCGUCACUAACGAAAUAGAAGAAUCAUUUCAAAGCUUGACCUCGAGAAUAAACACAUUGGAAGAGCGUGCAAACAAAAACUUGCAAGAGUCGCUAGAGACAAUGGCCAGAUCCUUAAAGGAGAAACACUCUUUCCAAGCUGCCAAGUUGAAAUUGGAAGAGUCCAAGAAGAGUUGUGCUGAAUGCUUACAAUUUAAUGAAGGUGCCGAUGCUCAAAGGAGCUCAAAAGCAACCAAAGACGGUAUUGAAAAAGUUGUAGAAUCGCCAAAACAGGAACAUACUCAAUCUGUGGACGAAUUCGCUUGUGCUUUGAUUAGCAAAUUAGAUUUGCAGACGAAGAUGGCCGUAUUUAAAUAUCUUUCAAAGGAAUUCGAGAUAACUCCAGAUAGACAACAAAAUACUAGUGGCAUAUCUCCAAGUUCGCCGCUUCCCAGAAGUGUACCCGCUCCUGAAGUGAAAAGUGACCUGAAGAUAGUACAGCCGGCAACACAACCUGUAUUGGAGAUGUCACAUCCAGAAUCAUAUUCUGGCGAUAUGCUUGAACCGAAGCGAUCCCAACUAGCCCGACAAUGGAUGACUUCCGUGUUCCUCUACUUUGAGGCAACCCCAAUCAAAGAUGAAGCAAUCAAAAUGGCGUUUUCCGUUGGGUGGUUAAGUGGAUCGGCACGUAGGUGGGCUGUAAUGUUACCAAAUAUCGAACUGAUGACACUUAAAGAUUUCUUGAAAGAAUUCAAGAAAAACUUCAUAGCUACAGCUAGCUAUCAUGCUUCAAUGUAUGCCCUCAAGAGAAAAUUCCAAAGAAAGGAUCAAUCAGUUUCUGAAUAUGCUGCCGAAUUUCGGGAGAUUUAUUCUACUUUGCAUGAAGACAUCCCGGAUAGAGUUUGUUCACAUUUGUUUAUUGCGGGAUUACGAACUAAAGCUCGACUCUUUAUGGUGAAUCAGCCUGAUGAAAAUUUUUUACAAGUGAUCAACUCCGCUAUAAAUUAUGAUAAUCAAUUGCGUGGAAUUGAAACAAGCAGAAAUAUCAUGAACCAUUAUAAGUAA